AUGACCAACUUGACUACGAAAGUCUUGAGCCACACUCAAAUUGACUACCUAUUUUCUAGUCCAGCCAAAGAACGCAAGCUAGGGUUUCACUACCUCGUUCAAGAGGAGCCGAAGGGCUUUAAGGGGAGGCUAGAAGAUUUACGAAACCUUGGGGAUGGCUCUUACCGAGAUUGUUACUGCUAUUCUGUGGAAGAGUGCGAGGCGCCUCACACGACUGUCUUUCAACCCUUUACUACAGCGGGUGCGAAGCUCCAUCGUGUGGCAUUGGCAUAUGGAAUCAUCCGUUUCGCGGAACAACGAGUGCUGGCACCUGGAACAUCGACUUGUAGCACUGCAACGACAUUUGCGGGCAUGAACCACGUCGAUGCGCAUCUUCAUGACAACUUCGGAUUAUUGUCACCCAGAAGCACGUUCGCAACUGGGGCUUCGAUUUCAUAUCUAGGGGUGGCACCGCACAAAUUUCUAACAUGCUCUUACAAAGUCAUAUCUCAUCCCUCACAAAGUCAAUGCGAGACCAGAGGAGGAGCACACAUGGUUUCGCUCGACUUACGCUUUCUGAUAUUCCCAUUUUCUCUCACCUCUAACCCGCAACGGGCCAACAGCAGAGGCCUGUACGGGUUCAAUGUCGCGUCUUCCUCGCUUUUCAUUUCAACGGACUCAAUCAACCAGCUACUACUGCUCAAGCGCUCGCAGUCUUUACCCAUGCCCCGUGUAAAGCGUGUUCCGAGCGCUAAACACCUCCCUUUCACCAAACCCACCAUGUCUACCGCGACAGGUAGCUCAACUGGAAGCCUCAGCAUCGAGAUCACAGAAAUCUGCGUUGAAUCCCAGCACAUCCUCAAAUCGGUCCAACUUUCGAUUGGAUCGUUCGAGCGGGAAUCACCUUGUCUCCUGAAUGCAAAGACCCACAACUUUGAGUUGUCAUCCCCCUGUCAACUUUCGCCUUUAGAGCCCCUCUAUCUGCAAGUCCGAUUCCGCGGAUUGUUUCGUGCUGCGUCGAAGAGCAAGAUACCUCUUGAUGAACUGCGAAGCAAGCCAAUACGCAGGGAACCUCCGACGACUGGCGACCUACAACCCACAACGGAUGAGUUAUUCAAGUUGGUCGAACGGUUCCGAGUCCUGGUCAUCAGCAAAGUGGCCCUCUUAUACCUCUAUUCUCAGGUAUUAGCUCACAGUUUGUUUUUACAGAGUGGUGUAGGGAAAUCUUCCCUUAUCAACGAAUGCUUCGGUGUCAAGGAUGCUACGGUGGCUCAUUCAGAAGCUGGCGUGUCAAAUAUCAAUACUCCGAUUAUAGCCAGCGAAAACGGAAGAUUUGUUCUACACGACAGUCAGGGCUUUGAGCAUGGGGAGGGUGAAAACUUUCAGAAAGUGGUCGAUUUUUUGAAAGCUUGUAAGAAGAUGUCCAAUGUGAGGGAUCAGGUACAUGCUGUCUGGCUUUGUUUCCCAGUGUCCUUGUCUAAAGGUGAUCGUUUGUUCGAGGCUAGGGUGGAGGAGUUAUUCCGUAUGAAGUCCAAAGGGGAACUUGGCCCUGCACAGUUCCAAGAGUUUCUCUGCCAUCGCCCAACGCGUGAAUCCAGCUGUAAAGAUCGAUGCGGUGAUUGCGGUUGGGAAGAAGCGUAUGAAUCUUUCAGUUAUUGGAUGGGUCUCGUAGCUAGUGUGAAUUUUCCAGGAAAAACUAUAGAAGAGUGCCUUCAGGUUCUACAUACUGAUAUUGUUGAAGUGUGGAACAUUCAAGAUGGUUGCGGGUAUCUGGAAAGCAAGGAACUGAAAAAGCUAAUGAUCGAACUUGUUGGGAAUCAAUAUGACGAGCCAUCAGAUCCCAACACAAUAUUUCCCCGUGCUUAUUCACUGCUUGGUGGCUUGACUGCGUUAAUUGGGGGUUUAACUGCACCUGCUGCUCCCAUUGUGAUUCCUAUUGUUGCGUCUCUCUUUCUGGCAAAAUGGAUUUUCAAUGUGGGACUCAUGCUGCAACGUUUAAUGGCAUACAUCGUUGACUUCACAAUUAUUAUGCAAAUAAUUUUUGGCCUCCUGGUGAAUGCCCAUCUACACCUUUCCCGCCGCUUGAUCAAGCUUGCCUUUAAGGCCUACAGCAUUUCAGACGAAAGGAGCAAAGUUCACAAGGAUAUUAAGGAACAUGUGAAGCUGGCAGGCCACUUUGACCGGGAUGCAGCUCUGGCGAAGAUCAUCCAAUUGAUCAAGGAGUAUCAGAUGAAACCCGAGAGUAUGGAGGAGCUACAAAGUGCAGUUAAGGCCUUCGAGAACAAUGAGGACGAGGAUUGGGGCAUAGGCAAAGCAUGA